AUGGCUACCCCUGCUGGUGCUGAUGCUGAUGCAACUCUUCUCCGUGAUCAGUUGAAAGGCUCGUUCGAGCGUGCAAACGAUGGCAAAGUGCCAGUCCUGACUCACUUGAAUGACGAUACAUCUUGGCUGUUGUCCCUCGCAUACCCCGACCAAGUCUCGCCACCAAAGGGUCGUUCGCGCUACAACAUCUUGAUCGAUCCGUGGCUGGACGGGCCGCAAGAAGAUGUCGCGUCGUGGUUCUCAAAGCAGUGGCACCUGAUGGAGAGCAGUGUGCGGACUAUCGACGCGCUCAAUGCCGUCCUGUGCGAUGCCGAGAGGUCGGAAUCCCAGAGCACCACUGAAGCAGGGAGGAAAGGCUGUUCUUUCAUCGAUGCUAUAGCCAUCUCCCAUGAGUUUACAGACCACUGUCACCAGGCCACACUGCUCGAGGUCGACCGUGCGGUGCCUGUCAUUGCGACCACGAAAGCAGCCCAACUGAUCAGAACAUGGCAUCAUUUUGACACGGUCAUGGAGAUGCCGAACUUCACGACGGGCACCAAUUGGCGAACAACCAGCAUUCCUCCUCUACCCUCUUGGAUUGGCAUAAGUCGAUUGGUCACCAACUCUGACGCUCUGUAUUACCAUUCAGCAGUAAUGAUCUGUGCGCAGCGGCCUGACUGUUCGGCAGAGGCCGUGGAUGCGUUGAUAUACACCCCUCAUGGCGUGGAAGCCUCGACCCUGUCAGUGGUUGCUACAGCGUCGCCUCCAGUGGAUGUUUUGGCUUUGCUGCAUGGCCUUCAUGACGUCUCCAUCAAGUGGAGCAAACAGUUGAACUUAGGAGCAAUCAACGCGGUAAAAGCACAAAAGAUGCUGCAUGCAAAGUACUGGAUUGGUACACAUGACGAACAGAAGCGAGGCUCUGGGCUGAUAGCUCUUCUACUCCAACGGAAGAUCAUAACAGUUCAGGAAGCGAUUGACCGAGUCCAGGCUGCAGAGAAGGAGGAGUCUGGGGACGCUUCUGCCACCAUAGAAGACAUGACUUGUGUGGAGCUGAAAAACGGGGAGAGUAUGACGUUAGGCUAG